AUGGAAGAUACCCCGAAACUUCAAACCCAUAUAGAAAUCAAGCCCAUUCAGCUCCAAAGGCCAAGAAUCUCAGUUGAACUCACUGCAGAAGAACUUCUCAAAGAACAGAAGCUACCCUUCCCGUUCUUCAGGCCAUUAUCUCAGAGAAAGGAGAAUACAUGGGUCAUUUCUGUUUUCGUGAUUCUUCACUUGAUAGCUUUUACUGCCACAAUGAUUAUCAAUGACUGUUGGAGCAAUUCCCAUGGACAGUGUGCGCUCAAAUCCCUCGGGAGAUUCUCCUUUCAGCCUCUCUCUGAGAACCCGCUGCUUGGUCCCUCUGCCUCUGCGCUUGAUGAAAUGGGGGCUUUACGGCUGAGAUAUUUAGCAACAGAUCAGGAUUUUUGGCGUUUUUUCACAAGCCCAUGCUUGCAUGGAGGGGUUUUCCACCUUAUUAUCAAUCUCUCUUGUGUAAUAUUUGUUGGAAUUCACCUAGAGCAAGAGUUUGGACCAUUAAGGACGGGGGUUAUCUACAUAAUUUCAGCUCUUACUGGAAGUUUGGUAGCUGCUCUGUUUCUUCAAGAUAGGCCAUCAGUUUCUUCCUCUAGUGCAUUAUUUGGAUUGCUUGGUGCAAUGCUAUCUGGCCUUAUAAUGAAUUGGAAAUUUUACUCCAAAAAGUUUGCUACUCUUGUGGCUUUUAUCGUGAUCUUGAUGCUAAAUUUCGUCCUUGGCCUGAUGCCAUAUGUCAACAAUUUUUCAAACAUAGGAGGACUCAUCUCGGGUUUGUUUCUUGGUUUUUUGCUCUUAUUCAAGCCUCAACAGGGGAAAAUUUAUCAAAACAAAGGCGGUUUAUUCGAAUAUGAUAUCAAGCGUUCUGUCAAACUUAAGCAGAAGUUAGACAGACCAGUCUUGAGGAGUAUUUCUCUUGUCAUCUUCAGUCUUCUACUUGCAGGAGUUAUUGUGGCAGUAGUUCAAGGCAUAAAUGUGAACAAAUAUUGUACCUGGUGCCAAUUUAUUGACUGUGUUCCCUUCAAAUGGUGGAGCUGCAAAAGCGAAACGACACAUUGUGAGACAAUGGCAAACUCAGAGCAUUUGACGUUGACUUGUUCCAGCAAUGGCAAGUUCAGAGUAUUUCCUUUCGUCAGUCUCUCACAAGAAAGGAUUCAGGACCUCUGCAGUCUUAUAUGUUCAUAA